AUGCCUGAGCCCCAGUGGUCUAACGCUCAAAUACCUAAGGGUUUUCCCCGGGAUUGGCUAAAAACCCACGACAGCUACACUGCACCUAUGCCGGAGGUGCAUAAGAUUCACGUACUGAGUUCAUAUUCUGACGACAUUGAUGGACUGAAAAGCUCAAAGACCGAGGAUCCUAUUGAACUUCCGGUUCUCAGCCCGAAUGGUCCGGUUAACGAAAAGUAUAAAGUGGCCCUCUCAACAUUCCUGCACGAGGAAUUUCAAACAAACUAUAUGAUAAAAGACGACCCUUUGCAUUACGAACGACGCUACGUCGUUUGGCUCGGCAUUGACUUGGAUAGAUUUGGAUUAAUCGACACCCCAGCUAGCUUUUUCCGAGUGCUAGAGAUGUCGCUUUUGUCCGAACAUAUAAUCAUACAGGAGGGUACACCGCCCGUAGGGCUUUCUAUGCCUAAGCGCGCACUGUGGAUGGUUAUGCAUGGGUAUUUCGGGAAUUGGUAUGAACCAGAAGGGAAGAAAUGGGCAGUCUUAGCCGCAAAAAGACGCACGCGCCUUCUUAAGAAGCUUUGGGAGCGGGGGGAUAUACGGCUUGUCGAUGAGAAGCCCCUCCUCAGUGAAUACCAAGUGCGCCGCGUGGCAUCGACAACUCGUUCUGAAGUCGAGACAUAUCGAGAAUUUCUUCGUUACCAGCACUUCAACAUGGGAAAAGAGAUGAUUUUCCCUGAACUUUGGGAGGAGGAGGAAGAAGAUAAGUAUCUUAUCAUUGCCUCUGUCGCUGCUUGA